AUGGAGCCCUGCCGGUCCCUGGCUCUGCUUGCUGGCUCCCUGGGCCUGAUUUCUACUCUGAUUGCUCUGAGCACUGACUUCUGGAUAGUGGCCACAGGCCCCAGUUACUCUUCCCACUCGGGCCUCUGGCCAACGACACACGGGAUCCAAGUAGCAGGUUAUAUCCACGUGACACAGAGCUUCUGUAUCCUGGCCACCCUGUGGAGCCUGGUGUCUGUGGGCCUCCUGAUUCUGUCUUACCAUCCGGCCCUGUCCGCCCCAGGCCGUGGCCCUCUGGUCUCAACUGUCAUGGCUUUUGCUGCAGCGCUCUCCAUAAUAGUGGCCAUGGCAGUGUACACCAGUCAUAGAUGGAGCCAGACUCCAUCUCCCCAGGUCCAGACAUUCUUCUCCUGGUCCUUUUACCUGGGCUGGGUCUCCUCUGUCCUCUUCCUCUGUGCAGGCUGCCUGAGCCUGGGUGCUCACUGUAGAACCCACCGGGCUGGGUAUGAAACUCUGUGA